AAAAAAGAAAACCAACCCACACCAACCAACCCACCCACCCUCCACGCUGAGGCUGAAGCAGGCAGGUCCCUGCCAACUCCACAGCGCAGGGAGCAGGGAAGAAGUCCACCCUCCCCGGGCAGGAGCGGAGUUGAGCCCGAAGGAUAUUUGAUGACACUUCGGCGACGAUGGGUCCCCCAGCAUCUUCCAGAGCCCAUUUGAGGGUGAAGGCUCUGAAAGCACAGAGGGAGUUUGAAGCUAAAUUCACCUGAGUCUGGAUCUCUUGGUCGCUGGGAUUUAUCUAUUUUUUUUAUUAUUAUUUUUCUCCAAGGGGGUGGCAGGAAGAAACCAAACCAAGAAAAAAAACCUGUUUUGUUUUUUUGGUUGUUUUUUUUUAAAUCUCCCUCUUUUAAAUUUUUGUUUGUUUGUUUCUUUUGGAAGAAGCUAUAUCUUUUUUUUCCCCUGUGGUUGGAAUGGAGGGGUUGGGUCUGUGCCUAAGAAGCAGCAGCCAAACGUCGGUCCUGGGAGAAAGCCGAGUGGAUCUGGGGUCCCCCGCCAGCUAACUCUCCAGGACCCACAUCCCCACGGCCCAGGGGGAGGGCUGGAUGCAGUGAGAGAACCUCUCACGGGAUCUGCGUGGUGAUCUGUGGCCAAGACGUGGAAGCUUGGGACUUCUCUUCCACUGCAACAGAAUUUGGGGGGAGGGCAGGGGUGGGCCAGGGGGACCCCAGGAGUCAGAAGACCCUUCACCUUCACUGUGGGCUUGGCUCAGGGAUGACUGCAGGUAGAGUCAACCCUUACAGCAUCGUGUCCUCUGAGGAAGACGGGCUGAGGUUGACCACCAUGCCAGGUAUCAACGGCUUUGGCAAUGGGAAAAUCCACACCAGGAGGAAAUGCAGGAACAGAUUUGUAAAGAAGAACGGUCAGUGCAAUGUGGAGUUCACCAACAUGGAUGACAAGCCCCAGAGGUACAUUGCAGACAUGUUCACCACGUGCGUUGACAUCCGCUGGAGGUAUAUGCUCUUGCUCUUUUCCCUGGCAUUUCUGGUGUCCUGGUUACUGUUUGGACUGAUUUUCUGGCUAAUUGCACUCAUUCACGGAGACCUAGAAAACCCAGGUGGAGAUGAUAGCUUCAAACCUUGUGUUCUGCAGGUCAAUGGCUUUGUGGCUGCUUUUCUGUUCUCCAUUGAGACCCAAACAACUAUUGGUUACGGCUUCCGCUGCGUGACGGAGGAGUGUCCACUCGCCGUCUUCAUGGUGGUGGUUCAGUCCAUCGUGGGCUGCAUAAUUGACUCAUUCAUGAUUGGUGCAAUAAUGGCAAAGAUGGCCAGGCCCAAAAAACGGGCCCAGACAUUACUUUUCAGCCAUAAUGCAGUAGUGGCAAUGAGAGAUGGGAAACUCUGCCUGAUGUGGAGAGUUGGGAACCUCCGCAAAAGCCACAUAGUAGAAGCUCACGUACGAGCUCAGCUAAUUAAGCCCAGGAUCACAGAAGAAGGGGAGUACAUCCCGCUUGACCAAAUAGACAUCGACGUGGGGUUUGAUAAAGGCUUGGACCGUAUCUUCUUGGUGUCUCCCAUCACCAUUCUCCAUGAGAUCAAUGAAGACAGCCCCUUGUUUGGGAUCAGCCGCCAGGACUUGGAGACGGAUGACUUUGAGAUCGUGGUCAUCCUGGAAGGCAUGGUAGAAGCCACAGCUAUGACGACACAAGCUCGGAGCUCCUACCUGGCCAGCGAGAUCCUGUGGGGCCACCGCUUUGAGCCCGUCUUGUUCGAGGAGAAAAACCAGUACAAAGUAGACUAUUCCCACUUCCAUAAAACCUACGAGGUCCCGUCCACCCCCCGCUGCAGCGCCAAGGACUUGGUGGAGAACAAAUUCCUGCUGCCCAGCACCAACUCCUUCUGCUACGAGAACGAGCUGGCCUUCAUGAGCCGUGAUGAGGAAGAGGAAGACGACGACAGCCGGGGCUUGGAGGACCUGAGCCCGGACAACCGGCACGAGUUUGACCGGCUUCAAGCCACGAUAGCGUUGGAUCAGCGGUCGUACAGGAGGGAGUCGGAAAUAUGAC